UUUUGUUAAAAACCUCUCAUAAUAUCUACAUCAUCAUCAUUCCUUGAUCAAAACAACAACAAUGUCUAUUGCACAGGUCUUUGAGAGAGUUGACAAGAAUAAAGAUGGGAAAAUCUCAUGGGACCAAUUCGUCUCUUUUACUCUUUCAGUAACAUCUGAAGAACUUGAAGAUAUGUUUAGAGUGCUUGACAUGGAUGGUGAUGGUCAAAUUGACGCUCAGGAAUUUGCUUCGGGUUUGGUGCAAGAAAAGGAUAAUGAAGAAACUGUUCUCAAACAAGCUUUUAAUUUGUAUGAUAUGGAUGGUGACGGGAAGAUAUCAGCGAGUGAGAUUCAUGUUGUGUUGACAUGUCUAGGAGGAAAUCAUACAAUGGAAGAAUGUGUUGUGAUGGUUCAAGCUCUUGAUGCAGACGGUGAUGGUUUUGUGGAUUUUGAAGAGUUUAAAACUAUGAUGAUUUCCAACUAACAAUAUAAAGGAAGUCAUUAUGAUCAUGUUUAGUUAUUUAUGAAUUUGGUUUGGAUUUGUUUUGAUCUCUUUCUAACAAUGUUUCAGAACUAUAAUUAUUAUUAAUUAUUUCAGUUUAUAAUAUAUCAAAUA